AUGUACUGCUUGCGAAGCUACCUCCCACUCCUCCUCCUCCCGCUACCACUCUCGCUGUCGCCCGUCCACCUCGUCAUCUUCAUCGCCCUGACCUACUUCCUCAACCGGCCGUGCAUAUACUGCUCGCUCCUCCUCGUCAUCCUGUUCGCGACGUCGUGCCACUGGUCGAACCGAUGCUUCAUCAGUCUCAGCCAGUAUGGCGCCGAGAAUGACACUUCGUCUUCGAUCGCCUCGUGGUUCAUACCCCGGCUGUACACGACUCCGCCCACGGGUGUGGUGCCUGGGCAAACGAGCGAUGUUCCGGAAAUGGGGGCAUUCCUCUUGGACGUCGCCAACAGCACCGUCACCGGCGUGUCGCAGGCGCUGAAGGACUCGGCCUCAAACUUGGCCGAGGGUGCUCGUUCCAAGCUGAUCACGAGUCACGGGCCGGGCUCGCUGCCGGUGGACGUGGGAAUUGGUACACAAUGGCUGCGGCAACUGCUCGGCCGCUCGGAGUGGACUUUGCCUUAUGUUGAAGUCAAGAUUGCUUUAUGA